CCUCCUACUAACAUUUAGAGGAAUUAAGUUAAGUAAUUUCCACCACUUUGAUAUAUGGUGUAAUUAUACUUUUGUAUGCGUAUUAUUUCAAAUAAAAGAAGGAAAAACAGCGAAACGCAUCCCUAAUCGUUUUAUUAUGAAGGGGGCAUCCGGAAGUUUGAGAUUAGGCUCUAAACAACUUGACAGAGCUGCUCUCAGAGGGACGUUAGAGUGAUCCUGGAGAGUGAGGAGCUUUAUCUAAUGUGGAGCUGUGAGUCUCUGUAGUGUUAGUAGGUUAGUUAUAGUAACGUUAGAGGAGUUGUUCAGAGAGAUGCAGGCUGGGACCGACUCUUAACUGGACGUGUUUAAAGCGAUCUCUCCUGUCCGGUUGUUAUGGAGCAGCCACCUGGGAACGUAGAUGAUCUCCAGCCUCAAGACCUGUCCACCUCCAGCGUCCCCUCUAUGAUCGACCUGACCAGGAAAAGCGAGGUCCUCAACAGCCCGUCCCUCGAUGCCUUGCGGAUGGUCAAGAGCCCUGGCUGGUACCCAAACUCUGGGACCGGGGACCCCGAAUUACCCUUCUCAGAGACGGGCUCCUCAGACGCCACUCUCCAAUCAGGGGAUCCGGUUCAACCAGACAACGCCUUCUCCCACACUACAGUCACCCUGUCCUACGUGAGCAGGUCUCACGUCUUCUCUGCUCACGACUCCCUGUCUCGGCCUCUGUAUGGUGUGCCACCUAUUAGCAAGUUGUCCCUCCACCCUCCUUGUGACUCAGAUAAAGGGCUCGGGGAGACCGCCUAUGCACUGAACCAGCAUUACUUGGAGCAGGUUGAUGGGCCCAUGGACCUCGGCUAUCAGACGGACCUCUUUCAGUCAUUGUCUCAGGCUCAGGUGGGACCAGAGAGUGAUGGGGGAGUAUGUCUAAUGCAGGAGCCUCAGGAGUUCAAUGGUGGAGUCAUUUCCAGCAACGGGGAUAUGGAUGUAAAAGGCGCAGAGGAACACGUCCUUUCUCUAGGAAAGUGUGGGGGUUUGGAAAAUGGACAGGGUGAUAGCUGUUGUAGUUCAGGAGUAUGUGCUGAAUCCUCACCGGAGUCACUCACCCCGGUCACGGGGGAGGAUGAGGAGAGGGGCGGCUCCGAGGUGCUCUUUGUCAUGUCUAAGAAACCGGACCCAACGGCCGUUCUGGACAGCCCGGCUGCUAGAGACCUGUGUUCACUAAGCAGGGAGUACAUCAGUCCUCUGGAGGACCCCGUCUCCCCCUCUGCUACCUCACUGGACAAUGUGGAAGAUGUGUUCAUCCUGCCUCAGGCCUCCAGCUCACCCAGCGGCGACAACUCGUAUCUAGAGGCAACCGAUGAGGUCGUGUGGGACAGCCUGACGACAGAGGGGGCCAUUCAGCCGGGCUCUGGCAUCAGCGAUAGCACCACGAGGUUAGAUUCAACCGCAGAAAAUAAGCAGCCUGUCCACAGACGGAAGGCUGUGCUGGAGCCUCUGAUCGACUUGACGGAUGAUGUUUGUGUGUCAGAUGUUUCAGAAAACAAACCCAAAACCAUCAUCCCUCACAUGAACGGAAAUGCUAAGGCACCACAGAGAAAGAAACUGCCAGCGCGGUCCGGCAGAGGGAUGCGGUUGGAGGCUAUAGUUAUGAACAUAAAUUCAAGUAGGUAUAAAGUGUCGGGAUGCAUACGAACCAAUAAGAAAGCAACAGCUUCCCAGACGACAGCUAAGUUAGCCAGUCCUAAGAGGAAUGCCACCCUGUCGGGAGGAAAAAGGAAAAGCAGAGCGAAAGCGCCCCUCUCAGUGAAAACAAGGAGACAAAAAGCAAUGAAAAGGGGUAAAACUAAUAACAUGAACACUCACCGUUACAAAGACUCUACCUCUGAUUCUGCAAUCAAUAAUACUAAAAAGUCUAAUAGCAGCACACCUCCAAAAAGUCCUCCGUCUUCUGUGCACAAGAAGUCAAAGAAGGAGCCAAAGGAUGUUUCACAGCCUGCAUGCUCGGCACAGACUAGCCCUGUGAAGUCAAAGAGGAAACCCUCAUCACAGUCACGACCUCAGAACAAAAACUCAAAGGAGCCAGAGCAUCUUUCUCACCCCGACCUCUCAGUGGAAAUUCAUAUGGCAAGAUGUUCCCCGCCACCACCACCAUCAUCAUCAUCAUCAUCAUCAAAAUCUCCAAAGAAAAGCCGAGGAAAAGGCAAGGCUACAGGUAGCAAAACACCUGCCAAGACGAAGGGGGCUGCUACCGCCAAGACGAAGGGAGCUGCUACCGCCAAUCCGAAGGGGGCUGCUACCGCCAAGAGGAGGCAAAGGAAACACAAAUGGAGCCUGUCUUCCUCCAUGUUCGCCCCCAAGGAGCCCGAGAUCAGGUUGAAGUACGUCAACUUCAAGGUGGAGAAAAGGGACAUUAGGUUAGACAGUUUCUCUCCGUUCAUCCGCAUGGAACGACAGCAGUCCUCGUCAUCACUGUGUACUGUAGUCAACUACCCCGAGGAGGUGAGGACGCAACACAAGAAGGGCCAGCAGCCUCACCACUGUGGCUUCAAUUCUGCAGUUGUACCCAGCACUUCCUGUCUGCAGCUGGGCCGGGCUUCCAUGCACAGCCAGCACCAGCGAGCUCUCGUCUGUUGCCUGUGUGGACAGGCGGCCAACGCCAUGGACUUGGGGGACCUCCACGGUCCCUAUUACCCCGAAGGGUACCAGCCGAGCACCAAAAGACCAGCCAGCAUGUCGCAUCUCAAAGAGAACGGGGAGGAAUACAGCGACUCUGACUCUUCGUCCUGCAGUGUCAGAGGCAGGGGGAGGAAGGGUGCCGUUGCACCCGCAGCGUGGCCCCUCAGGCCAGGAGCUCCGCUGAAGCAGAAGGGCCUCCUGGAGAGCCACCGGUGGACAGCUGACGGUACUGGCCGCCCUGCAGCUAAGCGGGCUCGGUUUGACGGCGCCUCUGCUGAUGUGGAGGACUGGUACAGCCCCCCCGUGCUGCCUCUGGAGCCCUGUGAAUACUGGCUCCACGAAGACUGCGGCAUCUGGUCCACCGGCGUGUUCCUCGUGAAGGGCAAAGUCUACGGACUGGAGGAGGCUGUCAAGGUGGCCCAGGAGACGAUGUGUUCGGCGUGCAGAGACCUGGGAGCUACACUGGGCUGCUUCUUCAAAGUCUGUCCCAACAAGUACCACUACAGGUGUGCUCUGGAGUCAGCAGACUGUGUACUCAUCGAAGACAAUUUUUCCAUGAAGUGUAAAAGGCACAAGAACAAGACAUUCAAAACCCCUCCAGGGAACCGAUGGGAUGACAGGUGACAAAGUUAGCAGAAAACUCAUAAGACAUUCACAUGCAACAUUCUGCAGGGGCUCUCCUUCCCCUUCUGCUGGUAACCAUGGCAACUGUGGACCAGGGUUCUUCUGACUGACAGCUAGCACCCGUAAACCUUAACUUCACCCUCUGCUCUUCAACUGCACUGUUAACCCCCGACGCCCCUGACGCUGGCCGGAGGCACCCGGUCGCCGAAACCUCGCUCGGUCCAGUCUGACGGUACUCGAGACAACGGACGCCAACAACACCCUCAGACUGGGGACACAAAGUAAUAUGCUGAAUUUAUCAUUCGUGUUUUCACUCUGUAGUUAUUUAUAUGGAUUUGUUUUGUUCCUGGAUUAAAUAUGAAUAACAAUCAAAGAUAUUUAAUUUUUUAAAGAUUUUGUAAAGUAUUAGAUUAUAUUUGGUUUAUUUAUUCCCGGAGUUUCCUUAUUGGCUUCUUUAGCAGUUAUCAGAGAGGUUUGAUUGUGUGUUUUUAAGUUAUUAGUAAUCAAUGUUGAGAUAUGAAGCCAGUCAAGGAGAUCUGUUGAGAUGGGACUCUCCCAGAACAACCUGACUGGAUGCUGUCAACACAACAGGGUUCCAUAAGAAACAGAACACCUCGCAAAAGGCAAGUCUCUAAUCCACCCGAACAACGCUUGCACUAACUGUUGGGCCCAGUUGAUGUUAUCUAGAGGACUGAACCGUGUGUGUUUGAAUGUAUUCUCCCCAUGUGAGGGUUUUUUGCAGAAAGCACUUUGGAGUGACACUGAACAUGUCUGGUCUUCUGCUCCGGCUGCAGUAUUACCUUCCUUCCUUCAGAUUCACCCGUGCAGCUCUCUGAGGUUCACAGGUCAUCCAGCCGUGAGGAUGAGACCUUGUGAUUUUGAUUUGGUUUAAAGCACUUUGGCCUCCCACUUUAGGCUCGGAGAAUUUAAACGUGCCCGUAAAUCAGUUGCUAUCUUAAUGGAAUUUCAAGGCGAUUUCUUUGGAGUCCUGUAAGGAGAUAAUAAAUGAAGAAGUAAAGGGAUUCCUUUUUAAAUGCGAGUCAUCUGCUGUUUACUUGGAUUUCUCCCCGGAGCUGCAAAAAAAAAGAUUUAAUUUUCUGAAUUUUGCAGCGCAGUAUUCACAUUGCUUUGAGUGUACCUUCAGCAAAAGAACACUCGGCUUCACCUGGGUCACUCAAGUUUACAAAGGAUGUGUGUUUGCAGAUUUCUAUGCUGACAUUGAGAAUCUUUGGUUUCUAUUAUUAAUCUCAAUUUGAAUAGAAAUGAUUCAGGAAAGAUUCCUGAUCGUGUUCUUCUGCGAUUUUUCUUUUCUUGACUUGGGCCUAAACGGUGAAUUUCCACCAGAAUCUUUCUGAAAAAAGCCUUAUCUGAUGUACAAGAGGUAUAUACAGUUUUCUCACUAGCUAUGACAAAUCAGUGGAUGUACAUCACCUUUCUUUGGAUAUCUUGAUGACUGAAGGCAGCUUGCAUGCAACUUUUUCUGCUGCGGACUUCAUUGUUCUUGAUACCUGGGAGGGGGCACGGUAGGCCGAUUCCUAAUGAAUCCUUUCCACCACGCAGGUACAUACCGAGUCUCUGUGGGACUUGUGUUAACCGUGUAUGAGAUUAGUAUGAGUACUUGUUGAAUCAGGUGCUGAGGUCAGGGCUUUGGUCUGUCAGCCGGCCUGUUUGUUUUGGAGAGAAGUCUCUAUGUGGUCAGUGUUGGUGUAAUGUCUCUGUGUUCUUCUGCAUAGCGCCAUCAGGGGCAGCAUUGUGCUGCCUGAGACCAGAGUGUGAGCUCCACGGCUCCUUGUUAACGGUCAUCCACACUGGGUCGGCUCUGCUUGGUGUCUCACCAGCAGCAGCAGCAGGACACAACACACACACACAACUCCUUAUCCCGGAGCACCAGGCCUAUUUCAUUUGUGCCAUGCUUAUGUUUUGUGUAUUUAAUUUUUCUCUGCUAUAGUUAUCAAUUAAAGGCCCUUGUUCGCAUUGUACCAAAUACAGAUUUUGGAAUAUGUUUUAUUCUUACAAAAUGUUUGGUUUUAAUAAUAAAAAGUCUGUGUUAAUCUCAGGGCUGGAUCUCAGAUAUUCUAAUGAUUUACAUUUAAUUUUGUGAUUUUUGUUUUCUGUUUUUUGAGCUUGUUGUGUUAACCCUGCAUUGACUGGAGGACCGAUACAUGUAGCAGGAUGUGAUCAUAUCAGAUGCAAACUUGUCUGUCCUGGUACACACUACUCAUCACAUUCCAACGCCUCCUCCUCCUCCUCCUCCUCCUCCUCCUCCUCCAUGUGUGUGUGUGUGUCUGUGCUAUGGUGUUUUUAGGUUUAACAUGGGGACUAGGACUGCCAACUCAUGUCACUUUUUUCAUGGUCUUUAUUUUAUGGUUUCUUUUUGUACCGUCUUGCCCACCUCUCGGAGCAUCAGAGGUCAUGUAAUUGUCAAAAAUAAAUAUUUUGUUCAACA